AUGGAAGGCGGCACAGUUCUCAUUACAGGCGCUAAUAGCUCCCUUGCAAUUCCCUCGAUAGAAUACCUCCUCACAAGAUAUCCAGAAUACACCGCCGUGUUGACCGUCCGCAAUGCAUCCGACGAGAACACUCAAAGGCUUCGUAAAACGCUAUCUAAUUUUCCUGAAGAUCGAUCAACUAUCCAUACACUUGACCUUGGCUCAUUAGCCGCUGUGGAGAGCUACGCUGGUGUCAUUAAGGCGAACAUUACUACAGGCAGAUUGCCUCCGCUCGCAGCUAUAAUCUGCAAUGCUUUCACAUGGAGCAUUUCCGAUGGUUUAAAGUUUACCUCGGAUAACUACGAGAGUUCAAUGGCUGUCAAUCAUCUUGCCCACCUUGCAAUAGUCUUGAGAUUGUUGGGCUCAUUUCGGCCGGACGGGGGCAAGAUUGUCAUUCUUGGAAGUGACUCGCAUUACCCUGGAAAGAGUGGCCUUGAAAAGUUUCCCCCAAACCUUCCUGACGAUUUGGAGCUUCUUGUUCAUCCCGCACCAGAUCAAAUUGGAGAGGAAGUUGGUCGUGGGUUUCAAAGAUAUGGGUUGUCAAAAGUGGCAGCAAUUAUGGGGAUGUAUCAAUUGAACAAAAGACUUUCCAAGGACCCAUUGCUAAGCAAGAUUUCAGCAGUGGCCAUGGAUCCCGGUGGACUUACUGAUUCGCGAUGUAUGAGUUCUGGUGUACCAUCUGCAUGGUGGUUUCUGAUGAGAGGAGUACUGGGUCCAUUGCAACCCCUCUUGAAAUAUCUAGUUCCAACAUUGCGCAACACCAAGGUCGCAGCUGCAGAUCUGAUUGAUAUCUCAGUUGGGAAAGAGUACCGUGGGUCAAGUGGCUAUCAUGUUAUGUUGAACAAGGAUGAAAGCUCGACAGAGAGCCAGGAUGAAGAGAAGCAAUUGAGGCUGUGGAAGAAGAGUAUGGAGUGGAUCAAAAUUAGCCAGGACCAGACACCACUGCAAGGAAUAUUCCGAUAG